UAAAGAUAAGAUAACUUUCAUUUCUGUAUGCCUUAGCAGAAAUGCUACUUUAGCAAAUUGUGUUGUUAAAGGUCAUAUUUUCUAUUUUUUUCUAGGUUAAAACAUUCUGUUUCAGAAAAUAAAGCACUGAUGGUAGUUACUGAGGAGCCAGUGCUAUACAUCUCUCCAAAACCUUGCAAGUCAUUUAUUAACCACACUGAAUUACUCAGACUGAGACAUGAGCUGCGAGGCUGGGUCCAUAGACAUGAAGCAGAAAGGACAAGAUCAAGUAGAAUGACAAAAAAUCUGCAGCAAAAAGUUCAGGCUGUCCAGAACACUUCAGAAAAAAAUAAAGUUUCUGACCUGAUGGCCCUUCCCUACACAGACAGCAGUCUUGGGAACUCAGGGAAUGGGUUACAGGUUUAUUAUGCUUCAUUACGGAAUUACCAGGAUUUCUUUGAUGCAAUUCACAGAAGAGGAGAUACAUUUUAUAUAGUAUCAUUUCGCAGGGAUCAUUUGUUGUUGCCUGCUACUACCCAUAAUAAGACCAGAAGACCAAAGAUGUCAAUAGUGUUACCAGCAAUAAACGUCAGUGAAAAGAUCAUUAAUGACCAAGAGUAUGAAGUCAUGAUGCAGAUAGACUGUGAAGUGAUGGACACUAGGAUCUUACACAUCAAAAGCUCCUCCAUCCCUCCCUACCUUCGUGAACAACAAAGGAAUCAUACAACAUCCUUCUAUAGCUCUCCACCAACUGUCCCAGAAGCAGCCCCUGCUAUGAGAGCAAUUCCAGAGUCCCCACAGUAGUCAGAAUUAAUACUAUCUCCUGUAGUGACAAUUUUCCUCCUCUUGACACCUAGGGACAUGUCAUGGCAGCUUCCUGGGCAGGCAUCCAGUCUCAGACAAGAGCUUCUCAUACUCACCAUGAGGAUAUUUGUUUUUUCUGUGACUGGGUGAUGGAUUUUGACUGCCUCAGACUGAGUACAAAACCAUUCCAGAGCCAGUCACUUCAAACUGCUAGUGAACAUUGACAUUGCUUUAUUAUUCCUCUUAUGUUGAAGUGUGCAGGAUACUUUAAAAUCCUUGCUCAGUCUUUUUAAAAAAACUUAAGAGAUGGGAAACAAAAAAGGGUUUGUGGUGUGAUCAUGGUAAAUUCCAGAUCAAGACCUCUCCAAAUCCUCUUUGCUGGAGCAGCUGCUUCCUUUGGUUCCUUUUAUUAUUUCAUUCAAUGUCUGGACAUCUGGGGUGUGGCAUAAAUAAGCCUUUCUAGAGUUGCUGUGCAACACAUGCUCAGUUGUUACACAUUUGUUGUGUAGGAGAAUGUGGAUGUUGUGUUGAUACUUCCUUUUAUCCAGCAUUCAAAUAUAUACUCUAUUGUUGCUGGGAAAACACGAUUCUUUCUCUCACUGAUAAACUUGUGGAAGUUUGGAACACUGUUUUAGCUUUGGUUUAUGACCACUAGUGAAAAACCAUGUUUUAACUUUUAAUACUAACUUGCAAAGAGGGAGUGGAAACUGAUUGGUUUCAAGGAACCGUGACAGUGCCCUUGCAGUUUAUAUACAGAUCCACAAGAAAGCACUCCUGCUUUACUAACCUUUACUUAGUAUAGCUAGAUAUAUUUCUUCCAUGUAAAUAGCCCAUUUCAACUGUCAGCUGUCUUUUACAUGCUGAGUUCUUCUUUCUUGUUAUCUAGUCUUUUAUAAUUCCAGUAGGAAAAUAGUAGUAAUUUCCUUUCUCUCAAAUCCAUUACCUAUGGACUGAAUAUUGUUGAUUUCAUUUGGGAAAUAGAUGCAAGAUUAUCCUGCAAAUUGUAAAAUGUAAGAGGAAUAUUACUGUAUAUCAAGUAAUUUUUAUGUGCCCAUAGGGUGGUGCUGUCAGUGCUGCAACCAAAAUGUUCUGAGUUUAAUCCUCCAGGGCUCCAGGUUGACUCAGCCUUCCAUCCUUUCAUAGGUUGGUAAAAUGAGCACCCAGCUUGUUGGGGGCAAUUGGCUUACAUGUUGUAAACUGCUUAGAGGGUACCUAGCACUAUAAAGCUGUAUAGAAAUGUAAGUGCUAUUGCUAUAAGGUUCCAGGGUUCUGAGAAAAUAUUAUUUAUGUAGGUACAGGUGUACUAUAUUAUAUGUCUUUCUUCCAUUGAUACAUAGAUAAGAGUAAUUGCUGCCCUACCACAUGAUGAGAAAGGGGGCACCAGUACAAAAUCAACUUGUGUCCAUCCUGUUGCUACUGAUCCUUUCAUAGCAUUUCAGAGAGUUCCUCAGAUAAAGAACAUUCUGUUUUCAAGGAUGGUGGGAUUCUGUUGCUUUUUUUCUUCCAAGAAAACUUUCUCUAUCUUCUCUUGGAAUGAGUAAUGUUUCCUAAAUAUUCUUCAUUAAGGAAGGCAUUGUUCACUUCAGUGCCUGCAGUCAGUCAUAUUAUAUGCAGUUUAGUAUACUGGUGGAAAUAAAUACAGAAACCUUUGGGGAAGAAAGUAUUUGAGGAGGUUACAAACUGCUUUUUACAAGUGGAAAGUUGGCCACAUUGCGUCUUCAGUUCACUGGGAAUUUUACUGCACUGGGUCUCUUGUAUGGUUUGAAUAUGGAUCUGAAGUUCUCUCCUCUUGUGUUCAUGCCUGUCUUAUGCACAGUGAAGUGGCUGUCAGCAGGCAAUUUUUGUGCAGUGUAGUUGGAAAGUGCAUUUGAGGUCAUGCUGAGUUUCUACUCCUACUAUGCAAAUCUCCAUGAAACCAGGCAGAUGCUGUCUUACAUAUGGAAGAGAACACCUCAAGCCUGGUUUUACAGAGCUCCUGGUCUAAGUGAGGCAUCUGUGUCCACUCGCAUUGCUCCUUACUGGCAUGCAUAAAUAAAUAAAUGACCAACAACAAAACUGAAGGCGGGAAGAAUGAUUGUUGAAUAUACUUUUUGAAUUAUUAAGAGAAUUGGGUAAAUAUUCAAUGCUCUUCAUGAAAUAAAACAAAUGUUCUCUUUGGUUCAGUAAUGCUCUUCCCUGGUUUAUUACAAGCCACUUGUCCUUAGUUUUUUUUUUUUUUUAAAAACCACCUUUCUUUAGGGUCUUCAUAUCUAAUCUAGCCAACUGCAAAAGUCACUGUGUUUUACUUCUCUACUGUCAGUCUAACAGAUUUGGGGCACUGUCCACAGUUGACCAGCUGCCCUGGGUUUAGCAGACAUUUUGUUGUUAUUAAAAAAAAAGUUACUGUGCUGGAAACAGGACCCUCACAGAACUGAAUUAACUUAAACGGACAACUUAUUCUAAGAUGCUAAUCUCACCAAAUCCAGAAAGUACCUGUACCUUUUCUUAUUUUUUUUCAGAACACAGCAAUGUGUUAAUGUCCCCCAAACAGAUUUGAAAUGUUGUCUUGGACACUGGGUUGGAUUUAAAAUUAAGCAUGCGUUGAGCACAUUAACUGAAAUCAGGGAAUGUCUGUCACGAUUCACUAAAAUCACAUUGGUUUCAAUGUGUCUCCUGUAAGCAUGAUUAUAUUUGGAGCCUACUCAUUUUCUUCUUAUAACAAGCUAAUUUAUUUCCUUGUUAGUCCAGGAUAAUGUUUCCAUAUGUUUUCCAAAAUCUGAACAAGAACAAGAAACUACUGUUUUGCGAGCACAGGGGGAUGUACUGGCUUUGGGUGGAGUAUUGUAACUACAACUGAAUUGGCAGUAUCCUAGACACAGGCUGUUAGAAACAAGGACUACUGCUAUAUAUGUCAUGCACUGUCUAAACAAUAAAUUAAAAACAUUAAAUGGA